AUGCUGCAGCCCAGUUCUGCAUUUCUUCUUGCCACGUCCCUCCUCACAGCUCUUCCAGCCAAUGCGGAUGGAUUGUACACCAAGAAGUCUCCGGUGUUGCAGGUCAACCAGAAGAACUAUGACCAGCUCAUAGCUGACUCUAAUUAUACAUCGAUCGUAGAAUUUUACGCCCCUUGGUGUGGCCAUUGCCAGAACCUGAAGCCAGCUUACGAGAAAGCCGCGAAAUCGUUGGAUGGAUUGGCUAAGGUGGCGGCCGUUAACUGCGACGAUGACGAGAACAAAUCUUUCUGCGGCCGCAUGGGUGUACAAGGCUUCCCGACGAUCAAGAUUAUGACUCCAUCCAAAAAACCGGGGAAACCUAGGGUGGAAGACUACCAGGGUGCUAGGAGUGCCAAAGCCAUAGUCAAUGCAGUGACGGAUAAAAUACCCAAUCAUGUGAAGAAGGUCACGGAUAAGGAUCUAGAGUCUUGGCUAUCUGAGGAUGAGGAGGCACCUAAGGCCAUCCUUUUCACUGAAAAGGGAACCACAAGCCCAUUGAUCCGAGCCAUCGCAAUCGACUUCCUUGGGUCGGUUAAGGUGGCCCAAAUACGCAACAAGGAGGCGAACGCUGUAGAAAAAUUCGGCAUUGAUAAAUUCCCGUCGCUCAUUCUACUCCCCGGAGGCAAAAAGGAGCCCAUUGUUUACGACGGUGAACUCAAGAAAAAGCCACUAGUUGAAUUCAUUGGCCAGGUCGCGGACCCUAACCCGGACCCUGCUCCGGUCAAGUCUGGAGCAAAAGCUUCCAAAGCAUCCAAAUCAUCCAAGGCUCAGACAGAAAAGACGAAGCCGACCGAGUCUCCAGACUCCAAAGUAGUCCCGGAUGAUGGUCCUCAAGAAGGAUCGAAACCCUCGCAGGCCCCAACCCAGGCAGCUGCCAUUGAUACUCUUUCAACGGGGGAGUCACUGGAGUCUGCUUGUUUGACGUCUAAGUCUGGCACUUGUGUCCUGGUACUUCUCCCAGUGUCCACUGAGACUGAAGCCAAGACAGACCUCCCUAUCUCUGCUAAAGAGGCCCUGAACAGCCUGUCGGAAGUCGCACAUAGGCAUUCUCUGCGGCAGAGCAAACUAUUCCCCUUUUAUAGUGUCCCAGCCGCCAACAGUGGAGCCAACACGCUGCGUACUGAGCUUGAAUUGUCCGACAAGUCCGUUGAGGUUAUUGCUCUGAACGGGCGCAGAGGCUGGUGGAGAAGAUACGAUCCUUCGGAGAGUGCAAACUAUGAUCUGGCACGAGUGGAGGCUUGGAUCGAUGCCAUCAAGCUGGGUGAAGGGUCAAGGAGCAAGUUACCGGAUGGCAUUGUCAAGGAUGAGGCUGAUGAGCAAGCUGCCGAGCACGAUGAACUGUAG